AUGAUUGGAUUAAAGCCAAAACCUUGUUUGUUGUUUCAUCUUCUAGCUGUUAUAUUGUUUGCAUGUUCAGUUCAAUCCUUGAGAUUCGAUUUGCCAUCUGGACUCUCCAAAUGCAUCUUCGAAGACAUCAAGAAAAACUGGAUGACGGUUGGAAAUUACUCAAUCGUCAAUUCAAACGAGGGUCAACCUCCACCCUCGGAUCACACCAUUGCUGUUACGUUGUAUAAGUAUGGAGGCUCUACAUCAUAUCAUUAUGCAGAACAUGUUCAAUCGGGACAGUUUGCAUUUGUUGCACCAGAAAGUGGUAACUACGUGGUGUGUUUCUGGGUGGAUUCAACGCAUGAUUCUGGAGUAACACUGUCUAUUGAUUUUGUGUGGAAAGCUGGUGUGGUUGCUAGGGAUUGGUCCAAUAUUGCAAAGCAAACUAACGUUGAUAAAAUGGCACGAGAGGUACGAGUUUUGCAUGAAACUGCAUUGUCUAUUAUGGAAGAGAUAAUUUAUCUUCGCGAACGAGACGAAGAAAUGUUAGAUUUCAAUUGGACAACCAACACCAGAAUGUUAUGGUUGAGUUUUGUUUCAUUUCUUGUUUGUUUCUCAGUAGCUGGGUUGCAACUAUGGCAUUUGAAGAGCUUUUUUAAGAAAAAUAAAAUCCUAUAA